CAUGUUCAAAUUCUAGUCCACUACACCUAUGUAGUGUAAGUGCAGGUAUAUAUCUUCUCAAUUCUCGAUCUUCAAUUCACAACACAGAAAAAACCAUGGCGGCUUCUGAAAUCACAGCACUCUUCACCCUCCUACUCAUCAUAUUUUCUCCAUCCUCCUCCUCAGCAGCCAAAAUCUUCAAGAAAAUUUAUGCGUUUGGGGACUCAUUCACCGAUACCGGCAACACCCACUCCACCUCCGGCCCCAGCUCCUUCACCUACGUGUCAAACCCACCCUACGGCCGCACUUUCUUCCACCGCCCCACCAACCGCUACUCCGACGGCCGCCUCGUCAUCGACUUCGUCGCCCAAGCUCUCUCUUUGCCCUUCUUGCCGCCGUACCUCAACCGCAAGGCCGAUACCUCUUACGGUGUUAACUUCGCCGUUGCUGGCUCCACUGCCAUAGAUCACAGGUUUUUCGUGGAGAACAAUAUAAGUCUAGACAUUACACCUCAGUCUCUGGACACGCAGUUAAGUUGGUUCAAUCGGUACUUGGAGGGUGUUGGGUGCAGAGACUAUAAAAGCACCCCAAUGCAGUGUGGGGCAGUUUUUGAUGAUGCAUUGUUUUGGGUUGGUGAAAUUGGGGCCAAUGACUAUGCUUACACCUUUGGAUCUUCCAUUUCACCUAAAACCAUUCAGCACCUUGCAGUCACUAGUGUUUCUUCCUUUAUACAGGCAUUGCUAAAGAAGGGAGCAAAGUACGUGGUGGUUGAAGGCCUACCAACCACAGGCUGCUUAACACUCGCUCUAUACCUAGCCCCGCCGGCCGACCGAGACGCCAUGGGCUGCGUCGCCACCGUGAACAACCAAAGCCACACCCACAACGCCAUUCUCCAGUCCAACCUCGCCGCCUUCCGCCGCAACUUCCCUCAGGCCACCAUCGUCUAUGCCGACUACUGGAACGCCUACAAAUCAAUCCUCACCGCCGCCAAAAGCUACGGCAUCACCCACCCCUUCCGGGUCUGCUGCGGCUCCGGCGCCGGCGACUUGAAUUUCGACAUCUUCGCCACCUGUGGGUCCCCCAACGCCUCCUCUUGCCCCGACCCUUCUCAGUACAUCAACUGGGACGGCGUUCAUCUCACGGAGGCCAUGUACAAGGCUGUUGCUGAUAAGUUCGUUAAUGGCACGUUUUGUCGCCCUCCCUUUAGUUACUUGAUUCGCAAGAAAAUGGCGUCCGCUUUGCUUGCUUAGUCUAUACAGUAAUUAGGGUUUUCAGAAGAUACUGUAUCGCGCCUUGAUAUGUUCUCUUCUCGCGGGGAAGGCUUUGGUUUAUGAGAUUUGGGAGAUUUUUAUAUGGAUUCAAAGUGUUUUUGAGUACCAAAUUUCCUUUUAACUCCCACUUAAAAUUAAAAAUUAAAAAUUCAAACAUCUAUACUUUGUGACAAAUUAUAUCUAAACUAUUAAAAGUUGUGAACAAAAAAUCAAACCUUUGUGUUUUUAACAUGGGUGGUGAGUUUGUAAUUAGUAGCUCUUUUAUGUACUCAAGAUUGGAUGUGCAAAGGACUCUAUUUGAACGAUAAAAGAUUUUAAUUAAGCAUGA